UGCCUCCAAAACCAGCACACCUAACGAGCCCCGUGUCGCAGGUCUCGUCUCCUCUGAUCACCUUACGGAAAGCACCUUUCAGAUCCAGCAUGGAGGACAGAGGAGGAAAACCGGGGCCUGUGGCCCGGGAGAGGGUGAGGGACAAAACAAACAAAGUUUCAGACCUGAUCAGCCGCUUUGAAGAGAACAGCAGCACAGAAAACAAGAAAGACAGCUCACCGGCGAAACACAUCAACAUAACUUCAAACUACAGCGCAGCUCAACGCGUCUUCCAGAAGACCGAGGCCAGCAGGGUUCAGGACAAGCGGCUGGCGACGCCCACGGCACAGGAUGCCAAGAAGCCGGCGGCUAACGGGGUGCUAGUGCAGAUGGAUCAGGAGAAACCAAAGGAAGAGGAGGAAGAAGAAGAAGAAGAAGAGGAGGAGGAGAGUCAUAACAGUGUGAGGCCAGAGGCUGCUGAGCUGAAGCUAAAUGGAGACAUGGGGAGCGCYGAGCAGAGUGAAGAUCAUUCACCUGCACACGCAGACAGGACUGACGCAGAGAACCACGCCGGGAACCAGGACACUGAGACUAAAACGGAAAGCGUGCAGAAGAGCGAAGAGGAGAGCACAGAUCAUAAGGAGACAAAUGAACAGAAGUUGUUUAAAAUUGCCAGUGAGCUCCUGCACACCGAGAAGGCCUACGUAGCGCGACUUCACCUGCUGGAUCAGGUAUUCAGCGCCAAGCUAAUGGAGGAGGCUGGCAGAGGAACGUUCCCGGUGGACGUGGUGAAGAACAUCUUCUCCAACAUCGCCUCCAUCUAUGCCUUCCACAGCCAGUUUCUGCUUCCGGAUCUGGAGAAACGCAUGGGAGAAUGGACGUCCACGCCUCGGAUUGGGGACAUUCUGCAGAAACUCACACCCUUCCUUAAAAUGUACGCUGAAUAUGUGAAGAACUUCGACAAGGCCAUGGAGGUUCUGAAACAGUGGAUUGACCGUUCUCCCCAGUUUAAGGCCAUAAUUCAAGAGAUUCAGAGCCAAGAGAUCUGUGGCAGUCUGACUCUUCAGCAUCACAUGUUGGAGCCGGUGCAGAGAAUCCCUCGAUACGAGAUGCUGCUCAAAGACUACCUGAAGAAGCUGCCUCAGGACGACCCUGACCGUAGAGAUGCAGAAAAAUCGUUGGAAAUUAUUGCUACAGCAGCUACUCAUUCCAACAGUGCCAUUAGGAAAUCUGAAAACUUGAAGAAGCUGAUGGAGAUCUACGAGAUGCUGGGUGAAGAGGAGGACAUCGUUCACCCUUCGAAUGAGUUCAUCAAAGAGGGACAGAUCCUGAAGUUGGCAGCCAGAAACGCCUCAGCCAUGGAGCGAUACCUCUUCCUGUUCAACAACAUGCUGUUAUACUGCGUGCCUAAGUUCAGCCUGGGAGGACCCAAGUACACCGUGAGGACGCGGAUUGGGAUCGACGGCCUGAARGUCCAGGAAACAACCAAUGACGACUACCCUCAUACCUUCCAGGUGUCGGGCAAGGAGAGGGCUCUGGAGCUUCAGGCCAG